AUGACAUCUGAAAAGGAACUAGAGAAAAUAAGGCAGCUUUUGCAAGAGGUAAGUGAUGACGAUUGUAAUAUUUUUGAUGACUCAUCGAACAGUGAAUCAGAUAUUUGCGAACCUGUGUAUAGAAAUAGUGAUACCGAACCUUCUGAUAUUUCGGAUACCGAAAAGUCGACUUCGUCUGAUGAUGAGGACGACGAACAAUUUAUGAUAGGCAAGGACAAAAAAACUAAGUGGAGAAAAUCUGUCAUUACUAAAAAUGUCCGAACAAGAGUUCAAAAUAUUGUUAUCCAAUUGCCAGGUCCUAAAUUCAUUGCCAAACAAAUGAAAUCUCCAUUAGACUGUUUUAAUUUGCUAGCAGUUAUUGGUUUACUAAUCAUAGCUGGUUCAUUUCGUGCCAGCAAGGAAAAUUUAGUUGACCUUUGGGCUGUUGAUGGUACUGGGAUAGAUAUUUUUCAUGCUACCAUGUCAAUGGACAGAUUUUUAUUUCUAAUGCGUUGCUUGCGAUUCGAUGAUAUAAACGAUCGUGCUCAACGUAAAGAGCUCGAUAAAUUAGCACCAGUUAGAGAACUGUUUACAAUAUUUGUUCAAAAUUGUCAAAAUGCUUACACAAUUUCAGAAUAUUCAACAAUUGAUGAGCAACUAGUUGCUUUCAGAGGUAAAUGUCCUUUUAGACAAUAUAUACCAAGCAAGCCAGCAAAAUAUGGCAUAAAAAUUCAAACUUUAUGCGAUGCUCGAACUUGGUAUGUAUUGUCAAUGGAAAUAUAUGCGGGAAAACAGCCUGCAGGACCCUAUGAGCUGUCGAAUGCUGCCAAAGAUGUUGUUCAUAGACUAACAGAACCAAUUGAAAAUACAGGUAGAAAUAUAACACUUGACAACUGGUUCACAAGUAUACCUCUUGCAGAAGAGCUUUUACAAAAAAAACUAACUUUAGUCGGUACUUUACGAAAAAAUAAACCUCAACUUCCCCGUGAAUUGAUUGACAUAAAAAAAAGAAUUCUAUAUAGUACUAUAUUUGCGUAUAAUAACCAAAUAACUGCACUAUCGUACGUCCCGAAAAAAGGCAAGAACGUAGUUUUGAUUUCAACAAUGCAUUCAAAUUCAAAUGAUAUUGAUUCUACAACCGGUGAUGCGAAAAAACCUGAAAUCAUUUCGUUUUAUAAUAACACUAAGGGAGGUGUUGAUACAGUAGACAAGAUGUGUGGAACUUAUACUGUAGGAAGAAGAUGUAAACGAUGGCCAUUAGUAAUUUUUUUUAGAAUAUUAGAUAUCGCAGGAAUAAACUCGCAAGUCAUUUUCGUAUCAAACAAUCCAGAAACAAAAACUGUUCGAAGACUUUUUCUAAGAGGGUUGGGACUAGAUUUGCUAAAGCUACAAGUUUCAAAAAGAGUUACAACCAAAACCGUCCCUAGAAGUUUACGUUUAGAAGCAGCAAAAUAUGCUAAUCUCCCGGUGGAAAAAUUGAAACAAUCUUCAUCACAAAACCGCUCAUCUGGAAGGUGUAUAGUAUGUCCGAGAAACAAAGAUAAAAAAACUAAAUGUUCGUGCUAUAAGUGUAAUAAUUUUAUGUGCCAAAACCACAUGAAAUUGAUUUGUGAAUCAUGUUUGGAAGAAGAAAAAUCUGAUCUAAACUCGGAUCAUUCCUCAGUAUUACUCAAUAUUUCUGCAACCCCACUAACUCGUACUGAAACACCUAGAUUAUUUUCUCCUCAAACUAACCGUUUACAAUUUCAAAAUAUAUUAAACGAACAAGUUAAUCUUAAAGUCAAACUAAAAUCUAAUCUUGAUAUUGACGAAGCAGUAAAUAAUUUAACAACUCUCAUACAGUCAGCUGCUUGGGCAGCUACUAAACUAGACAAUCCACCUAACACUUAUUCUAAUUUCCAACUCGUUCCCGAACAAAUUCGGAGCCUUAUUGUAGAAAAACGUAGAGCUAGAGCUAGAUACCAAUCAUCCCGGCUCCCAUCCCACAAAUCAGCAUACAAUAAAUUAGCUAAUUCACUGAAAAAGGUCCUAACUAAACAUAAAACAAAUGAAUUCGAACAAAAAUUACAAUCACUAUCUAGUACAAAUGGUAGUCUCUGGAAAGAAACCAAGCGAAUGCUUAAAUACAAAACUCCAUCGUGCCCACUAAAAAAUGCAGACAAUACUUUAGCUAUCACAGAUAACGAAAAAGCCGCUGUAUUUCAAUCUCAUCUAUAUGAAACAUUCCAACCACAUAAUGAUAUCCUUAUUCCACAACACUUAGAAAAUGUUGAAAGGUAUCUAAACUCUCCACAACCACCCGCUUGCCCGGUAAAAUACUUCACACCCAAUGAAGUAAAAAACAUGAUAAUUAAGUGUUCUCGUAAGAAAUCUCCUGGCUUCGAUUUGAUCACAGCGGAAGUCGCUAAAUGGCUGCCAAAAAAGGUUAUUGUGCUCCUAACCUAUAUUUACAAUGCAAUCAUAAGACUCUCAUAUUUUCCACUAAGCUGGAAAUAUUCACAAAUAGUUAUGUUUGCCAAGCCGGAAAAACCUCCAGAUACCCCGAACUCGUACAGACCUAUCAGUCUCUUACCAUACCUUUCAAAAAUCUGUGAAAGGCUAAUUCUUAAACGAUUGUCUCCUCAUAUACUCGAAAACAAUAUACUCCCUACUGCACAAUUUGGCUUUAGAGCUAAACAUAACACGAUUCACCAAGUCCAUAGAGUGGUUGAUGCUAUAAAUAAAAUCGUAGUGAUUCCUCGUAUUCGUAAUAUUGAAGUGUAA